AUGCUCGUAAAUCUUGGGGCAGUGUUUCAGCCUCAUGGUUUGGGUCACCUCCUUGGAUUGGAUGUGCAUGAUGUUGGAGGCUAUCUUGAAGACACACCUCCUCGACCUCAGGAAGCUGGUUUCUGGUCUCUUCGCACAGCCAGGGUGUUAGAGGAGAACAUGGUCCUCACAAUUGAACCUGGAUGCUACUUUAUUGAUCAUCUUUUGGAUCAAGCAUUGGCUAAUCCUGCUCAGGCACAGUUUCUGGUUCCCGAGGCAAUAGCCCGCUUCCGUGGAUUUGGUGGAGUCAGGAUUGAGGAUGAUCUUGUUGUGACUGUCGAUGGCACGGAAGACCUUGCGCAGGGUACGAUUCCACAAACUGUGGAGGAGAUUGAAGAACUUAUGGCUGAAGGUCAACAGGAGGAUGUGUUUGUCCCUCAGCUUCGUGCUCAGGAGAAGCUUGGUCAGUAA